AUGCCUCUUGCUUCGGCUGCAACAAGUCUGCGCCAGACCCUCAAGGAUCCCAAUGGCUUUGUGAUCGCCCCAGGCGUAUAUGACGGCCUCUCAGCCCGCCUGGCCCUCGCGGCUGGAUUCGACGCUCUGUACAUGACCGGCGCAGGCACCGCCGCCUCGGUCCACGGCCAAGCAGACCUAGGAAUUUGCACAUUGAACGACAUGCGCACCAACGCCGAAAUGAUCGCAAACCUAUCGCCGUCCACCCCCCCUAAUCUGCGACGCCGACACAGGCUAUGGUGGGCCCAUCAUGCCUUCCACAUUGAAGACCAAGUUCAAACCAAGCGCUGCGGCCACCUCGCCGGCAAACUCCUAGUCGACACACCAACAUACGAGACCAGAAUCCGAGCCGCCGUGCAAGCACGUAACCGACUCGGCAGCGACAUCGUGGUGAUCGCACGCACGGAUUCCCUCCAGGGACACGGGUACGAGGAAGCGCUUACUCGGCUUCGAGCUGCGCGCGACGCGGGCGCGGAUGUGGGGUUCCUAGAGGGGAUUUCGUCGCGGGAGAUGGCGAAACAGGCUGUGAAGGACCUUGCGCCGUGGCCCUUGCUUUUGAAUAUGGUCGAGCAUGGGUCUACACCGAGUAUUUCGGCGCAGGAGGCGAGGGAGAUUGGGUUUAAAAUUAUUAUUUUUCCGUUUGCGACUAUCGGGCCGGCUCUUACGGCUAUGGCAGAGGGGUUGGAGAAGUUGAAGAGGUUGGGAUUGCCCGGGUUGGACGAGAGUUUGACGCCGCAGGCUUUGUUUAGGGCUUGUGGGCUGGAUGAAAGUGUCAAGUUGGAUGCUGAGGCUGGGGGUGUCUCAUUCGAGGGAGGUGUUGACCUGCGGAAGUGA